AAAAUAAGUAGAAAAAAUAAUCAAAUAAUAAACUGGUAAACAUGUUACAUAGUUGUAAAAGAUUAAUUGAUUCUGAUGCUGAUACACAACCACUAAUUCAAAAAAUAACACCCCCAGUCGAACACGCCGAAGUACCAACAUGGGACUACAGAAAACAGAUGCUAUUUUACACAGACGUCCACGAAGGCCGAAUAUACAGCUACCAUUAUCCUACAAAAACCGUACAUUCUAUAUACAUUGGAGGUAACCUAAACCCGGUAAUUCCUGUAAAAAACAACGACAAUUUAUUGGUUGUGGGACAAAAUCGAUCGCUGGUAGUUGUUGAAUGGGAUGGUACAUAUUCUCACGAAGAUACCAAACAGCAUAUAAAUACAAAAGUAAUAUCAACAGUUUCCGCUGAUUAUCCAAACAGCGGAUUCAACGAUGGCAAAUCUGAUGCAACUGGACGUUUGUGGGUUGGUACUAUGGGUCAACAAAAUGUAGCUACAGGUGAAGUACGACCAUACCAAGGCCACUUGUAUUCGUUCACCAAAUUUACAUUGAACAAUCCCGAAGUCCACAUACCGCGUGUUCAUAUUAGUAAUGGAUUAGCUUGGAACAAGAAAAACGAUACAUUUUUCUACGUCGAUUCUGGAAUUACUCAGAUUGUUAGUUACGAUUUUGAACCAAGCACAGGCUCAAUAUCGAACCGAAAAGUGGUAUUCGAUUUGGCCAAGCAUCCAGAGCUUAUUGGUAUUUGUGAUGGUAUGACUAUAGAUGAAAAUGAUAAUUUAUGGGUUGCCUUAUAUGGGGGUGGUUCUAUUAUACAAGUAUCACCGCAAACUGGAAAGGUUUUACAGAGGGUGGCGCUUCCUGCAAGAGAUGUAACAUCGGUUACGUGGGGUGGUCCAAAAUUGGACAUUUUAUUUGUGACUACGUCAAGAAUAUUGCUCAGUGAACAAGAGAGAAGAGAACAACCUGAUGCUGGUAGUGUUUUUGCCGUUACGAAGCUGAAAACUAAAGGGAAAGCUGAAUAUUUUACUGACAUAAUUGUUGAUGAUAUAUGAAAAAAUAAAACAAUUAUUUUGUUGAAAUUUUUUAUUAACAAACAAAAACCUAUAAUGUGUUUCAAAAUAUCAUAAGAAGACAAUAAUUGCUUCUUGAAAUGUUACAAGAUUUCAAUAAAUAAUAGACAAAAACAUUAAUACAAUAUUCUGUUACGUAAACAGAAACAGCAGUAUGAAAACUGAAUAAUUUAAAAUGAAGACUAGAGCUAACUUCAGACAAACGAUUAUUAUUCUGUAAAACGCAAUACACCAAAUUUACAGUUAUCAAUCAAUGAUAAUGGUAAGAUAUUUUUUCAAACAAACCUUAUACUAACUUACGAAAUUUAAAAAUACUAUUCUUCAAUCUUUUCGGACUUUCCGUUGUCGAGGCUUCUUUUCCUAACAACAAAACAAUUAGUUCUAGUUUACAAAACCAAAAAAAUCUACUUACAUUAUUAUCACCACCAAUCAAAGUAGCCUCAUUAUCCUCAUCAGAAUCAGGAUUUGAGUUUUUCUCAGCAUCUUCUUCAUCCUCCUUUGCAGAAUCUUCUGGCUCAUCUUGUUUUGAUUCAGUUUCUUGUUUAAUAUCUUCCUCUUCUUUAGUAUCCUCCUCAGUCUCUGCAUCAGUCUUCUUUCUUUCGGCUGCCUGUGCAAGCUCUUCGGCUUCCUAAAUUGAUAAUUAUUAUGAAAUUUAA